AUGACUAAAUUCGGUGCUUCGGCCGGAAGCCACACGCAGGAGUUCGUGGUGGCGCUAUUCGGACCUCAAGUCACACACUGGACGCACGACGGUCUUUCAAGCCUCCAAUCCGAUCUUUUAGGAAACCCUAACCUUCAAUUCCUUGUCAAGAGCCUCCUCGAACUCUCAUCACUGUGGUCUUCAUUACAACAGGAGUAUGGCUUUGAGGACGUCCACGGCGCAGAUCGUCUCGCGGAACUUCAUGAUUUCGCAACGGGAGAAAAGCUCCUUGACCCGGAGACUCUUGUCAACGCCCACCUAGCGCCUUUAACAGUCGUAUCUCAUGUCAUCGAUUUUCUCCGCUCUGUUAACGACCCCGGUACGAAAGAGAGUUUAUUGGGCUUUGAAGCGGCUCAAGGAUUUUGUAUCGGAUUUCUUUCGGCAGCGGCUCUUUCUUCCGCAAAUGAUUGGUCGGAUUUCGAACAGAAUGUAUCCAAUGCUAUUCGACUAGCCGCAUGCAUAGGCAUUAUUGUGGAUGCGGAAGAGGUCUCGCAUAUUGCUCAAGAUAGGGCCACGGCGAUCUCUGUCUAUUGGAAAACAGCAGCCGACAGAACUUAUUUAGAAACGUGUUUAGAUAACAUCCCCGAGGCAUAUAUAUCCUGCAUUACAGAUGAUAGAAGUCUUACCGUUACCCUUCCGAAGAGUAACCAAGAAGCAUUCUGCGCACGUCUGCGCGAAGCUAAGAUAGCAACCACACCAGUUGGUCUUAAUGGUUGCUAUCAUCAUUCGAAACACACUGAAGCCGCCGACAAACUUGUCAAAUUAUGCACGACGAAUGACCAGCUUCGGCUUCCUAAUGCUGAAAGUUUGAGAUUGCCCUUAAGAUCCACGGCAGACGGCAGCAUCAUUAAGACUGGCGCUCUUCACGAGAUCGCCAUCCAGUUGAUCUUGUGCAAGCGAGCUCAUUGGUUCCAAACCGUUAAGUCGACAUUGGGCGAUCUUACUCCUGAGAAGGUAACAUUCGUGCCUCUAGGCACCAAAUCUUGCAUUCCCCGAUCUCUCUCGACUAGCAAAUACAACAAUGACGAGAACCCGCUCGAAGAGAUUGCUGUCGUGGGAAUGGCAUGCCGAUUUCCUCAAUCCGACACUCUGGAAGAAUUCUGGGAGAUCAUCCAAGCCGGAAAAACCGCACUGAGUACGAUGCCGCUUGAGCGCUUCAACCCAGCUGAUAUCAGUCGCGAACCUAAGUUGUCCGAAUAUUGGGGCAACUUCCUUCGUCGACCUGAUGCUUUCGACCACAGGUUUUUCGGCAUCUCUGGCCGCGAGGCCAAGUCGAUGGAUCCGCAACAGCGCCUAGCCUUGCAGGUUGCGUAUGAAGCGCUUGAAUCGUCGGGAUACUGCGUCAAAGAAACGAGUUUAAGAGCCACAGAUGUAGGCUGCUAUCUUGGCGUAGGGUCUGUUGAUUAUGAGGACAAUAUCGAAUCUGAGAACGCGAACGCAUUUGCAGCUACAGGGAUGUUGAGGGCUUUCAUCAGUGGCCGGAUUAGCCACUUCUUCGGAUGGACCGGGCCUUCAAUUACCUUCGACACGGCCUGCUCCUCAUCCGCUGUAGCUAUACACACAGCGUGCAAGGCGCUUCUUGGUGGGGAAUGUACCAUGGCUCUGGCCGGAGGAGUCAACGUUAUAACGAGCCCUACUCUGCACCAGAAUCUCGCUGGGGCGUCUUUCCUGAACCCCAACGGUUCCUCUAGAGCCUUUGACACUAUGGCCGGCGGAUACUGUCGGGGCGAGGGCGCCGGAAUCCUUGUGUUGAAGCCGCUUUCGCGAGCCGUAGCGGAUGGCGAUACAGUGAUGGGAGUGAUCGCUGCCUCGGCCGUUAAUCAAGGCUCUAACUGCAGCCCUAUUACGGUUCCCGACUCCCGAUCUCAGAGUUCGCUGUACGAACGUGUGCUUACUACCGCACGGAUAAAACCUGCGGAGGUUACUUACGUCGAGGCACACGGAACAGGUACCCCUGUUGGAGAUCCUAUCGAGUAUGAGAGUCACAAGACCAUCCCGAAACAGGCUAAUUUCGUUUCGCUCAAUCCACGCAUCAAGGCCUCACCGUCGGCCAAGAUCGUAGUGCCAAAAACGACACAACCAUGGACAUCUCAAAAACAUGUGGCGUUAGUGAACAAUUAUGGAGCUGCCGGUAGCAAUGCUGCAAUUUUAAUCCGCUCGCACUCAGAAGCUCCCUUAGAUUCAACAUCAGGGGUAUACUUGCCUAAGGCUGAGGCGUCACUGGGAAGUAUCGCAUAUAACCUGGCUCGACGUCAUAACUCGGCGUUUGAUAACCGGGUAGCUUUUACGGUAUCGGAUAAGCAGAGCUUAUUAUCCGGUCUAAAAGAUCUUACCACGAGCGGUGGGAUCGUCACGCGGACGGACAAGUAUCCGGUCGUGUUAUGCUUCGGCGGCCAGACCGGCAGGAACGUUACCGUUUCGAAGGACCUAUACGAUAAUUGCGAGCUCUUUAGAACCCAUUUGAUUUCGAGCGCCAAAUCUUGGAUUGAUUCUGGGCUUGAAGUGGACACUGUGAUAGGACACAGCUUUGGCCAGCUCACGGCGCUUUGUAUCGCCGGAUCAAUUUCGUUGGAGGACGCCUUCCGUCUCAUUUCUGGUAGAGCCCGCAUCAUACGGGAUGGCUGGAAUGCGGACUGCGGAGCGAUGUUGUCAGUAGAAUGCGACAAAGAGGAUAUUGAAGCUGUAGUGCAGCGAUUAAACGCCACAGGUGACUAUCGUGUGGAUGUCGCUUGCUAUAACGGUCCUCGCAGCUUUGUCCUCGCAGGAGAUGCGCGAUCAAUCAAUAGGGCCGAAGAGGAAUGUUCGUCCUUCAAGAAAACUCGGCUUCAAAACACCCAUGCCUACCAUUCUUACGUUGCUGAUGGUAUACUACCUGACUUGAAGGGAUUGGCGGAAUCAAUCAGUAUACGAACCCCUCGUAUUCAUGUGGAGACUUGUUCAGCAGGAGGUAACUGGUCGCACUUCACCGCGGAUGAGGUGGUUAAACAUACUCGGCAGCCGGUAUACUUCGCUGAGGCGAUAGAAAGGAUCGCUGCUCGUCUACCUUCUGCUAUAUGGCUGGAAGCAGGGUCUGCUUCUCCCAUUGUUGCUAUGGCGCGCCGUAUAAUACCCAAGACUGAUCGAUCGGAUAUCUUCAUGCCUAUAGAUUUGGGAAGUAUUGGUGCGACGACCAACCUUGCCAAUGCCGCAUGCCAAUUAUGGAAAGCCGGAUCCGCAACACAGCAUUGGGCUUUCCAUCAAACCUCAGGCUCCCGCUACAAGAGGGUAAAUCUGCCCCCAUACCAGUUUGAUAAGACAAGCCACUGGAUCGAGUACAAGCCCAGAUCGAAAGCUGGAGGUAACGAAAACCAGAACACCACUUGCAAGUCACCCGGCCUUGUGAGAAUCUUGAAGAACGGUGCGAAGGGAGAGCAUCUAUUCUCAGUAGAUACCUCGGAUAUUACCUUCCAACUGGCCGGUCAAGGACACGCAGUUACAGGCCAAAGCCUAUGCCCGGCAUCUAUGUAUGUCGAAUUGGCUGUCAGAUGUGCUACGCUUCUUCUUGAUACAUCAUAUGCAGUUAAGGCGAUACCCCAUGUCGAAGGGUUGACCAUGUCGGCGCCUCUUGGCCUGGGUGCUGGAAUUCCCGUGUUUAUACGCCUUCGAAAUGUUGCACAGAAGACCUGGGAUUUCGCUAUAUUUAGUGGAUCAGAAGGCAGCGAAACUGAACACGCCCGAGGUAUUCUAAGCUGUGCUCCCGCAGAUGAUGCCGUGGCAGAAAGUCGAUUGAAACUGCUGCGAAGGUUCGCUCGGAAUUCUCGUACCGAUCGGAUUAGGAAGUUACCAUCAGCGACUGGAGUGAGCGGUGCAAUGGUGUACAAACUCUUCUCGGACGUCGUGGAGUAUGCAGGCUAUUAUCGCGGAGUUCAAAGCUUGUCAGCGGCAGAGAACGAGGCAGUCGGCCUAGUCACAGUUCCAAUAGAACAACCUCAUGGCAUGGACGCAGGCAUUUGCGACCCGAUUUCUUUGGACAACUUCCUUCAAGUUGCGGGUAUCCAUGUUAACUGCUUAUCUCCGCGAAAGGAAGAUGAAGUCUUCAUGUGUACUGCAGUUGAAGAAGUUAUUUUCUCCGCUUCCUUCAUGGCAAACAGAACCCAUUCUCGUUCGUGGACUGUUUACACUCGCUAUGAGGCAACAUCAAAGUCUAACAUAGCAAACGAUAUUUUCGUUUGUGAUGCUGUCUCGAAGGAAUUAGUCGUGGCUAUCAUGGGAGCGACUUUCAGGAGCGUGCCGUUCAGAUCUUUAUCGAGAAGUUUGAGCAGACUUAAUAACAACAGCACCCCUAACACCAACACUAUCCCCACCGUUAUCGCGAAAAGCCCUCAGAUUAGCGACAGUGAUAGUGACGAUGCGGACUCGGAAUACCAGAAGGGUUAUACCCCGCUAACAGAAUAUGAGGAUGAAAAGCUGGAGGCCAAUCGUGCAUAUUUCUCACACACGCAAUCCCCAUUGAAAUCGGAUCCCCAAUCACUUGGCAUUUACCAGCAACCAGCGAAAGGAUCGACCGAAUCUUCCGACAUUGUCCGACAAGUACGCGAAAUGUUCAGCGCCAUUAUAGAGAUCCCGGUAGACGAGGUUGAGCCUUCUUCCAAAUUGGACGACCUUGGUAUCGACUCACUAUUGGUCACCGAGGUUCUGGUGGAAAUUCAAAGUCGGUUUCACGUAAACAUCACCCAGGCGCAAUUCCAAGAAUGUAUCGAUGUGCUUGAUGUUGCCCGCUUCAUCCAACCCGUUGAAAAAGCCAAAACGUCUCCAGCUCUUGUCGAAAAGCCUAGCGUGAAGCAUAAUCCCACAGAAAAGCCCGUCGGUAGUACAUCGGAUUCUGCAAGUCAGCAUGAUGCAGUCAGUAGACAGCAGACUGGAGAGAACCUUGCAAUCACGAGCCGCGACUGUUUCGUUGGAGCAAAGCCCUCAUAUGACCAGCACGCAGAAACCACUGGGUUUAAGGACUUUAAUACGGAGGUUUUCCCCUUGCAGUCGGAGCUUGUGGUCCAGUAUGUCCUAGCAGCUUUUGCUUCUCUGGGUUGUGUGGUGCCAGACUUGAAAGUUGGAGAUGAGGUGCCAAUGAUUCGGUUUGAUCCAAAACACAACAAGGUCGUCCCUCAGUUGUAUAAGAUACUGGAAGACGCUGGCCUUUUGAAGAAAGGGGAAGAUGGUGUGUUGCGUCGUACUGAGCUGCCAAUUCAAAUGGUCCCCACUCUUCCGUUGCAUGAGAAAAUGCUGAAGUUAUUCCCGAAGCAUGCCUCCGAGACAAAGCUUCUUUACACAACGGCCCAUAAACUGGCUGAUUGUCUCUCAGGAGCUGCCGAUCCCAUUGCUUUACUCUUCGGAGACUCAGAUGCACGUGCACUUCUUGCAGACGUCUACACGAACGCACCCAUGUUCAAAACCGGAACUCUUCUUCUUUCCCAAUACCUAUCAUCCGUCCUCAAACGCUUCAGAGGAGGUCGUGAGCUGAGAAUCCUUGAGCUUGGUGCUGGAACAGGGGGUACAACUAAAGAUGUCUUUUCGUACACAUUUACUGAUCUUUCAUCCUCCCUUGUUGCGGCAGCCCGACGGAAGUUUUCUAAAUGGCCAUUUAUGCGGUAUACCGUAGUCGACAUUGAAAAGGACCCGAACCCGCAAUUCCUAGGCGCCUAUGAUAUCAUUAUCUCGACUAACUGCAUCCAUGCGACCAAGAGCUUGGUAAAUUCGACAACCAAUAUUCGCAAGAUGCUGAGCCCAGAUGGGGUGUUAUGUUUGGUAGAACUUACACGCAACCUGUUUUGGUUCGAUCUCGUGUUCGGCCUUCUUGAAGGCUGGUGGUUGUUUAGCGACGGUCGCAAGCAUGCCCUUGCAAGUGAGCGAUUGUGGGAGAGGGACUUAAACGCCGCCGGAUUUAAUUGGGUGGACUGGAGCGAUACGUCGUCUUCUGAAUCAGAUAUCCUACGGGUCAUCACGGCUUCCCCAGAGACCAUUGGCUUCAAGCAGGUAGAUGGGCUGGAACUCCAGGCAGAUAUCUACUAUCCUCCCGAGUUAGUUGACUCCGGGAAAACUCUUCCUGUAGUGACGCUUCCCGAUGGUCCUAUGUCCGAUGCUGCCGACGCAUUGUUAUGGAUUCGUACUGUUCUCCCAAAGCUCGCGCUCUCAAGACGCGAUGUUCGCAUAGACGCAGAAAGAGUUGUAGCUGUGGGUUGGUCCAGCGGGGGACACCUUGCUAUGACUCUAGCUUGGACCUCUGUGGCGCGCCAGAUUAAACCUCCUUCGGCUAUUCUGGCAUUUUACUCUCCAUCUGACUAUGAGGAUUCGUUCUGGACCGAACCUAAUGUACCAGCGGGGUCCAGAGUCAUGAAUGGAGCUACAUCAUAUGAAUUAGACGACCAAGUUUGGGCGGGUAUUUCCGACCAUGCCAUUGUCGGCUACAAUCCCCCACCUACAAAACGAGCAUUAGGAGGUUGGUUGGCACCUACCGAUCCCCGUAGUCGACUCGCGUUAUACAUGAAUUGGCACGGGCGCACGCUUCAUACGAUACUUGGCGGGCUCGACAAAAAGAACCGAAAAGAGCCGGGAGCUCCGGCACCUGAGCUUAUCAAAGCCGUCAGUCCAUUAGCGCAAGCUCGAAUGGGAAACUAUGCCACGCCGACGUUUCUUAUCCAUCCUCGCGAGGACGACCUAGUUCCAUGGCAACAGGCCGACCGCACGUGGCAGGCAUUGCGGGCAACGGGAACGGAGGCAGAAUUGAGGAUCGUGGAGAACGUGCCGCACUUAUUUGAUCUGUACCCCGAGCAUCAGAGCAGCGAAAUUCUGGCGAGGACCGUGGCUGAAGGAUAUAAAUUUUUGUGCGAGCAUGUUGAUUUGAAUUUGAGCGAUUGA